UGGACUAUUGCCAAAGCGCGUCCGUCACGAUUCAGUCGCUGGCCUGGAAUGCCUCUUCCCAAGAAACCCCGAGGAUGCCGUUUCCGUCGGCCGCUCGCUUCUGCGUCUGGCAACAUCGGGCUACUACAAGUUUUCGUCCUGUUGUUCGCACCGUUGCUCCGCCUUGGCUUCCUGGGUAACCACCCGUUCUUGGACUAUUGCCAAAGCGCGUCCGUCACGAUUCAGUCGCUGGCCUGGAAUGCCUCUUCCCAAGAAACCCCGAGGAUGCCGUUUCCGUCGGCCGCUCGCUUCUGCGUCUGGCAACAUCGGGCUACUACAAGUGAGGGGCGUCAACAUCGCCUACAAAUAGCGGCACCAGACUCGAGCGCCUUGGGGCACGCCACCGCAACGACAGUGGUCACGAAAAUGCCCUUCUUAAUGCAGGUUUUCGUCCUGUUGUUCGCACCGUUGCUCCGCCUUGGCUUCCUGGGUAACCACCCGUUCUUGGACUAUUGCCAAAGCGCGUCCGUCACGAUUCAGUCGCUGGCCUGGAAUGCCUCUUCCCAAGAAACCCCGAGGAUGCCGUUUCCGUCGGCCGCUCGCUUCUGCGUCUGGCAACAUCGGGCUACUACAAGUGAGGGGCGUCAACAUCGCCUACAAAUAGCGGCACCAGACUCGAGCGCCUUGGGGCACGCCACCGCAACGACAGUGGUCACGAAAAUGCCCUUCUUAAUGCAGGUCAGUUACCUUCCAAACGCGGCCUGCGUGCGUUCUGGAAAUCGCUGUCUUCUUGCGGUGUCGUGCCCCACUUGUGUUAUUGGUACAUGUAGGUUACUGUGUGAAAUGUUGUGGUCUCUUUGUAACAAUGCUCAGGCGGUAAAUAUGCUCCUAUUGAUGUCGGGUGACGUUGAACUAAACCCAGGACCUGUUUCACCACCGUCAAUGGAAACCAUUGCAAAUGCAAUAUCCCGCAUAGAAGCAUCUCAAACCUCGGUCCUGACAGAACUUUCACUAAUACGAACAUCCCAGUCUAGCAUUGAGGCGCUCGUGACCACCCUUUCGACUCGUGUUGACACCCUAGAAAAAAUUGUGCAGUCGACUCAGUCAAACGAAACAGGUCUAAAGGCAGACGUGAAGGACAGUUUUGCCAAACUUUCUGCUGAAAUCAGGGUUCUUACAGAUAAGUGUGAUGAUGCUGAAAAUCGCCUACGUCGUUCUAACCUGCUUUUCUGUGGUAUCCCAGACACAAAAGGCGAGUCUUGGAUUCAGUCCCAGGCAAAAGUGAUAAAAUUUUGCUCUGAAAAUCUCGGUAUCUCCAUACCGGAAGACGACUUGGAGCGUGCACAUCGGCUUGGUCGAUACCAGCAAAACAAAAGUAGACCUAUCAUAGUAAAAUAUGCAAGAUUUAAAGAUAAAUCGAAAAUUCUUGCAGUUGCGUCCAAGCUCAAGGGCACGACUUUUUCAAUUCGCGAAGACUAUUCAGCUAGAGUUCGACAGGCACGAAGGAAACUGUAUGACCAUGGCAUGCUGAGCGGCAAACCCUUCAAGCUGCGCUUUGACAAGUUACUACUUGAAAACAAGCAAUUCUCGUACCAUGCAGAAUCUGAUAGCGUUGUUGAAUUGCAGUCGUAGCAGUCAUUUCUACAUCUCAGGCAUGCGCGUCGCCCACUUCCCCCCCAACCUUGCCUCGCCCCUAUGAAUGAUCCCGUUUGUCAAUGUAUGGCAGUCUUAAUCGCUAAUGUGCGUAGCUACCUGCCUAAGAAAGACGCUGUUGAAUCCCUUCUGAAUGACAACAACACUGACGUUGCAAUAUUUACGGAAUCUUGGCUUCAGCCGCACAUUGCUGACCACGAGCUAUUACAAGACGGCCAAGCGUACGCUGUUCACCGGCUUGACAGGGUGGGGCGGAGGGGGGGCGGAAUAUUGAUUUUUGUUAAAGAAAGUGUUCCUUCUUAUGUCAUCAAAAUGAACUGUCAACACGAAAUUUUCUGUGUGAACAUUUCACUAGCUUCGAAAAUGACUGUGAUUAUUGCUUGUUACCGCGCUCCUAAUUGUGAUGCCUCCUUCAUUUAUGAACUAAAUACAGUUCUAGUACAUCUUUA